AGGAACCCCUGGCAGAGUCCUGUAUAGCUACAUUUUAUCCUAACUACACUAUCUAAGGUUAAACACCCUCCUGUCCAAUACAUAUCCUGGCGUAGCUCUUUAAACAAUGAGACUGUCAUGCUCAGGAAGUGGGAAUCUAGUCACUAAACGCGAUAUAGGACCCUAGAUACUUAAAAAGUGGAAACUGAACAACAUGGAACCCUCCAAUGAGAAAUUCCACCAUCCUUACUCCCCAUAUGACAUUCAACUCCAAUUCAUGCACUCCUUGUAUACCUGUCUAGAAGAAGGCAAAGUCGCCAUCUUCGAGUCUCCGACUGCGCAAAUCACUGCUAGAAACAGUCAACCAUGCCACUUGUAUGCUAUCGCUUCCUCCAACCUGUCUAUAUUGUUGACCGUUGUAGGUGACGAUGAUGAACCGGAAUGGAUGGUCGAAUUCGCAAAACGGGAAGCAAGCCGCAACAUCACGGACAAAAGAAAGGAGCUGGAACAGCGACUCGCACGGAUAAAGAGGGAAGAAGAAAAGCAACGAGCGGCGCUCGAGGAAGGUCCGAGGAAACGACAGAAAAUCACUACUCUAACAGGUGGAGCAGUUGAAGAUGAUGACCAGUUCGCCCUCGAUGACUACGAAAGUGAGGGCGACGAACCGAAUGCAGCCGUGAAUAACUCUGCUGCCUCAAGCGGACUUUCCUCUAGCACGCUCGAGUUACUCCAACGCCUCAAAGGACACGGCUCGGCAAAGGCUACAUCAGACGCGGACGAAGAAGAUGAUACGCGGAUCUUCUAUUGCUCGAGAACGCAUUCACAACUGAUGCAAUUCGCAGGCGAAUUAAGACGUAUCACUCUCCCGUCGAGCAUCCCCGACGAGUUAAACCUCAAUUCUUCCGCGGACGACGACCUAGGGGAGCGAAUCAAACAUUUAUCUCUUGGGUCUCGAAAAAACUUGUGCAUUAACCCUCGCGUCGCUGCGUUGGGCAAUGCCACCGCGAUCAACGAACGCUGCUUGGACCUCCAGCAACCAAGCACCGCGGCACAGCAAAAAUGUCCCUUCCUACCAUCAAAAGAAGAUGAAGCCAAAGUCUCGCUGUUCCGAGAUCAUGCGCUGGCAUCAGUCAAGGACAUUGAGGAUUUGGGCAAACUUGGCAAAAAGAUUGGAAUAUGUCCCUACUAUGCUUCUCGUCCGGCCAUCAACAAUAGUGAAGUAGCCUUGAAUCUCUCCGUGAAAAACCACAUCGUCAUUAUCGACGAAGCCCAUAACCUCAUGGAUGCAAUAUCCAGCAUUCAUUCGGUCACGGUCACACUAGCUCAACUCCGAACCUCGAUUUUCCAGCUCACAACGUAUGCUCGAAAGUUCAAGGCACGCCUAAAAGGAAAGAAUCGCAGUUAUGUUGCUCAGGUUAUUCGGCUUGUCAGUUCCAUUGCGGACCACCUUCAGUCUAUUCUGAAUGGAAAGCAAGGUCCUGAAGGCUCUGUUCUUCCCUCUGGCCUGAUGUCCGGGAAGGGAGUUGACCAGAUCAAUCCUUACAAACUAUCCCGUUACCUACAGGAAAGCAAACUAGCCAGAAAGGUGGAUGGCUACGUGGAGUUUUCUCAGAAAAAAGACAAUCCUCAAACAAACCCAAAAGCCACGGUGCCGGUUUUAUUCCAUAUACAAAGUUUUUUGCUGCCGUUGAUGAAUCCCUCUGCCGAAGGUCAACUAUUUUAUAUGAAGAGCCAAGGGGACAUCCAGCUGAACUACAUGCUUCUCGACCCAACAAAUCAUUUCCGCGAGAUCGUUGAGGAUGCAAGAGCAGUCAUAUUAGCCGGCGGAACCAUGUCUCCCAUGUCUGAUUAUAUGAACCACCUUUUCUCCUAUAUCCCCGAGGACCGUCUGAGAACCUUUAGCUAUGGCCAUGUCAUUCCCCGGGAGAAUCUAACCGCGCAUACGCUCUCACGGGGUAUUCUUGGUUCGGAUUUCGACUUUACCUUUGAGGGUCGAGAUUCCGAAAAGACCAUACUAGACCUCGGUCGCACCAUCGCGAGACUAUGCCGUACAAUCCCAGACGGCGUCGUCGCGUUCUUCCCCAGCUACGAAUACCUAGGACGAGUCCUAAACGUCUGGAAAAAGGCCGUCGCAGGAGACCAGAAGAGCCAAACCCUCUACAGUCUCAUGGAGGACGAGAAACCGAUUCUCUACGAAUCCCGAGAAAUGAAAACCACCACGGACGAGCUUCUCCAACAGUACACCAACGUGAUUGAAUCCGACCGCAACGGAAAGGGAGCACUCCUUCUAUCCGUCGUCGGCGGAAAGUUAUCAGAGGGGAUCAAUUUCUCAGAUAAACUCGGUAGAGGCGUGCUCAUCAUUGGGCUGCCUUUUCCGAAUAUCAAGAGUGCCGUGUGGCAGGCCAAGAUCCAGUAUAUCGAACAAAAGGCGUAUGCAAGGGAGAGGUCCGCUUCGGCCGCUGGUUCUGAAGAGAAUCGAAGGGCGGCUGCCAAGGCGGCCGGCAGAGAGUUUUAUGAAAACUCCUGUAUGCGCGCGGUCAAUCAGUGCAUCGGACGGGCUAUACGGCAUCGCAAUGAUUAUGCUGCGAUUGUUCUUAUUGAUAAGCGGUAUGGGAAACCGAACAUCCAAGCCAAACUCCCGGGGUGGAUUAAACAGGGGAUGGAUGGGACCACCGUCGACAAGAUGCCUACCCGUUUCUCGAAGACAAGGAAACACCGCGGUCAUGUGUCCGCCGGUUACGGUCGCAUUGGCAAGCACCGUAAGCACCCCGGUGGUCGUGGUAUGGCCGGUGGUCAGCACCACCACCGCACCAACAUGGACAAGUACCACCCUGGUUACUUCGGUAAGGUUGGUAUGAGGUACUUCCACAAGACCAACCAGCAGUUCUGGAAGCCCACCAUCAACGUCGACAAGCUCUGGUCCCUCGUCCCCUCUGAGACCCGUGACGCCUACCUGAGCGGCCAGAAGACCGACACUGCCCCCGUCAUUGACCUCCUCUCCCUCGGCUACUCCAAGGUCCUGGGCAAGGGCCGUCUCCCUGAGGUUCCUCUCGUCGUGCGCGCCAGAUACGUCAGCCGGGAUGCUGAGCAGAAGAUCAAGGAGGCCGGUGGUGUCAUUGAGUUGGUUGCUUAA